CAUCGAUCGUUUUCCUUCCCCCAUCAAAUUCAGAGCACAGCCGUUGCGCUUUGCUCGUUGCCGCACAGCGAGCUCGCUUCCUUGUUAUUUGAUUUGCUUUUACGUUUGUUUUGCUCGUGCGUUGCUUUCCGAUCUCAACUCCGAAUCCAACUGAGAAUUUGUUAUGGCCACCGUCUCUCCAUUCUCUAUCGCUUCUGGAUCUGGCUGCCAAUAUUGCUUUCUCUGACCUCCCUUCCAAUCUCAAUUCAUCGCCAAAUCGAACAGGAAGGAAGCAAUAACAUCGUCAAUGCCUGUUCAGAUUAGGCCCCAAUCUCUUCACUGUCCGUCCAGGUACUUUCCCUCCGCCUCCCUCGGAUUCUUUUCUCGCCAUGCUAUUUCGUCUCUCUCUCGAAAAUUUUGCUCCCCGGACGACGACGUCGAAACUGUGUUCCGCAUUGUAACUAACUCGUCGACCUCCAAGGAGAUGCAACUGUCGUUGAAUUCAAGCAGAGUGUCGCUCACCAACGAUUUGAUCGAUAAGGUUCUGAAAAGGUUCAGAUUCAGUCACGCAAACCCAUCGCAGGCAUUCGAGUUCUUCGCCAUCACCUCUAGGCGAAGAGGGUUUUACCACACCCCUUUCUCGCUGGACACGAUGCUUUAUAUCUUAGGCCGGAAUCGAAAAUUCGACCAGAUUUGGGAGGUUUUGAUUGAGACGAAGGGAAAAGAUCAAUCUUUGAUAUCCACUCGAACCAUCCAGGUCGUCUUGGCUCGAAUCGCCAAGGUCUGUUCCGUUAGGCAGACUGUGGAAUCGUUCAGAAGAUUCCGGAAGCUUGUUCCAGAAUUCGACACGAAUUGCUUCAAUGCCUUGCUGAGGACUUUGUGCCAGGAGAAGAGCAUGACGGAUGCAAGAAAUGUAUAUCACAGUCUAAAACAUGAUUUCAGACCAAAUCUACAGACUUUUAACAUACUUCUGUCUGGUUGGAAGUCAUCGGAGGAAGCUGAGGGGUUCUUUGAAGAGAUGAGGGAAAUGGGCGUGAAGCCUGAUGUGGUGUCUUACAAUUGUUUGAUGGAUGCGUAUUGUAAGAACAGACAAAUUGAGAAGGCCUGGAAGGUAGUCGACAAGUUGAGAGAAGAGGAUAUGGAACCCGAUGUGAUUUCCUAUACUAGUAUAAUUGGGGGUUUAGGGUUGGUUGGUCAGCCUGAUAAAGCUCGAGAAGUGUUGAAGGAGAUGAGAGAGUAUGGCUGUGAUCCUGAUACAGCCGCGUAUAAUGCUGUGAUUAGGAACUUCUGCAUUGCCAAGAGGCUUGGCGAUGCGUACACUGUGCUGGAUGAGAUGGUGCAGAAAGGUUUGAGUCCAAACCCCACCACUUACAAUGUGUUCCUUCGGUCUUUUUAUUGGUCGAAUGAUUUGCGGAGCUCAUGGAGUUUAUAUCAGAGAAUGAAGGAAAGCGGGUGCAUGCCGAACACGCAAUGUUGUAUGUUUCUGGUCAGGUUGUGCAGGAGGCAGGAGAAGGUGGAUAUGGCGCUAGAGCUCUGGAAUGACAUGGUAGAGAAGGGGUUUGGGUCCUUUAUUUUGGUGUCGGAUGUGUUGUUUGAUUUGCUGUGUGAUAUGGGGAAGUUGGUGGAAGCAGAGCAGUGCUUCUUGCAGAUGGCGGCAAAGGGACAGAAGCCAAGUAAUGUUUCCUUUAGGAGGAUCAAGGUGCUCAUGGAGUUGGCUAACAAGCAGGAAGCACUUCGGAACUUGUCAGAGAAGAUGGCUGCUUUUGGUUCAUCGGUCCAGCUUCCAGAAAGGGAAUAUGAUCCAAUAGAGAUUUCAAGUUCAGAGUUUAUAUCUUGCUCUAAGGGAGGAACAUCUUGUAAUAGAAUGCGUUUAGGUGGAAUGUAAAAUAUUGUCCAAGUAUAAAAGCUGCAACCAUGGGUUAUAUUCCACGGUCUUAUUGAUUGAA